UUUAUACGGCGUAGCACAAAUUCAUUACUAGUUGACAACGAUCCACUAGCGGGACGUUUCAACAUGCUUUUCUAUUCCUUCUUUAAGUCUUUAGUUGGAAAGGAUGUAGUUGUGGAACUCAAGAAUGACCUGAGUAUUUGUGGCACUCUGCAUUCUGUUGAUCAGUUCCUCAACAUCAAGCUGACGGAUAUUAACGUCACAGAUCCUGACAAAUAUCCACACAUGUUGUCUGUGAAGACGUGUUUCAUACGUGGCUCUGUGGUUCGCUACGUUCAACUUCCCACUGAUGAGUGUGACACUCAGCUGCUGCAGGACGCAGCACGAAAAGAAGCAGCUCAGAACAAACAGCGGUGACCCCGUGCUGGCAUGCUGUUGGAAUUUAUACUCUCAUUCAUAGCCCUGCCUUAUCAGGUACUGGGUAAAAGACUCAAACGUUUUCACUGGAUGGUGGUGAUUCAAUGAACGUUUCUGAUCAUCAUGGAAAGGUUUUUUCUCUGAUUGAUUCACGAUAUUUAUUCAUCACGGUGAAUGAGUCUUAAGACUAUAUUUUCAAACUGUGGGCAGACAACUUUCUUCAUUAAUUUUUGUUUAAAUUUUGACCACGGUUUCCACAAUAUACAUAUAAAAAUAAAAAAGAUUUAUUAUUUCCAAAACAGUUUUCCUUUUCUUUUUAUGUCAAGCUUACGGCAACUGGAAUAGGUGACAAAAACACUAAAAAUAUUUGCUGAAAGGGGGUAUAUUUAUGUCUCACCUGUAACCGAUUAAAAAUAAAAUAAUUUUCAUUGAAAAAUUAUUCUCUCGUG